CGGAGGUGUUGGGUGCUGCCGAAACCAUGUGGAUUAUUCUGGUGCUCACUCUCUGCGGCCUGGCCGCGGCCGUGCCCUCGGAGGACAGGAAGCUGAGCGACAAGGCAACGACGCUGGCUGACCGCAGCACGACGCUGGCCUUCAACCUCUACCACGCCAUGGCGAAAGACAAGAACAUGGAGAACAUCCUGCUGUCCCCCGUGGUCGUGGCCUCUUCCCUCGGCCUCGUGUCCCUUGGGGGCAAGGCCACGACCGCCUCCCAAGCCAAGGCGGUGCUCAGCGCAGACAAACUGAACGAUGAGUACGUGCACAGCGGGUUGUCCGAGCUCCUGAACGAGGUCAGCAACAGCACGGCCCGCAACGUCACCUGGAAGAUCGGCAACCGCUUGUACGGCCCUGCCUCCAUCAACUUCGCCGAUGACUUUGUGAAGAACAGCAAGAAGCACUACAACUACGAGCACUCCAAGAUCAACUUCCGAGACAAGAGGAGUGCCCUGAAAUCCAUUAACGAGUGGGCAGCCCAGACCACGGAUGGGAAACUCCCAGAGGUCACGAAAGAUGUUGAGAAAACUGAUGGGGCCCUCAUUGUCAAUGCCAUGUUCUUCAAGCCUCACUGGGAUGAGAAGUUCCAUCAUAAGAUGGUGGACAACCGUGGCUUCAUGGUGACCCGUUCCUACACCGUGGGAGUUCCCAUGAUGCAUCGCACAGGUCUCUACAAUUACUAUGAUGAUGAGACAGAGAAGCUCCAGGUGGUAGAGAUGCCACUUGCUCACAAGCUCUCCAGCAUGAUCUUUAUCAUGCCAAACCACGUGGAGCCUCUGGAGAGGGUUGAGAAACUGCUGAACAGGGAGCAGCUGAAGACCUGGGCUGGCAAGAUGAAGAAGAGAUCGGUGGCCAUCUCACUACCUAAAGUCAUCCUGGAAGUCAGCCAUGACCUUCAGAAACACUUGGCUGAUCUGGGCCUGACAGAAGCCAUUGACAAAACCAAGGCUGACCUGUCAAAGAUCUCUGGCAAGAAAGACCUUUACCUCUCCAACGUCUUCCACGCCGCUGCUCUUGAAUGGGACACGGAAGGGAACCCCUACGACGCUGACAUCUACGGCCGAGAAGAGAUGAGGAACCCCAAGCUCUUCUAUGCUGACCACCCCUUCAUCUUCAUGAUCAAGGACAGUAAAACCAAUUCCAUUCUCUUCAUCGGCAGGCUCGUGCGGCCCAAAGGGGACAAGAUGCGUGAUGAGUUGUAGUUGGGUGGUUCUUCUCCCCAGAGCUUUGGUUUGUGUGUUUUUUAGUGGGGGAUUUCAAAAAAGGGGAAACACUAUUUUGUAUCCUUCUCGAACUAUGGGUGCUAUUCAGACCAGGGUGCAUUGUGAUGAGAAACCAGCAUACACUUUACCUCACCCC